UCAGUGGCAAAACUAAUUUGGGUUGUCAGGAUAGAGUUUGUUUUUUUUUUUUUUUCCAUUAGCUAUCAGACAUCAGCUGAUAGGCAAAGUGCUCAAAGCUGUCCCUCCAGUUUCAGAUAAUGGCAAAAAUAACAGGCACUUAUGGUUACCAUACUAGGGGUGUGGCUGUAUGAGCAGAGAGCGUUCCCUGAAUGAGUCCCGGCAGCCCCAUGGAAGCCUUCUGACAUGAGCAGCAGACAAGCAUCCUUUCAGAGGCUGCUCAGGGCUUAAACCCUGCUUCGAAAGUGCCAUGUCCUGCGGAGGAAGUCCCCCUAUGGGUGUGUCCACCACCACUGUCAGCUCUGUAGCCGUGCAAGCUGGGGACUCCAAGAUUGUCAUAGCCGUUGUCAAGUGUGGCGAGUGGGUACAACUCCAACUGGCUGAAUCACAGCCCAAUCUCCUGGAAAUUGGGAGCAGUCAAGAUGAAACCAAAAAACUGCUUCAUGACCAUGAGCUGCUCCUGGCCAAGCUUAAGGCCUUGGAAGAUCGUGUGUGGGAACUCUUACAAGAAGCAGACAGGACAGCUGAAGCAAACAAGGCUCAAAGUCAGGUGUACGAUGCUAUGGCCCAGACUCUGGGAGAAGCGUGGGCAACCCUGGUCUCCAUGCUUGAAAAGAGAAGAGAGCUCCUUGGACUGACUUCUGAGUUUUUUGAAAGUGCUUUGCAGUUUGCCAUUAAAAUAGACCAAGCUGAAGAUUUUCUGCAGAAUCCUCAUGAGUUCAAGAGUGCUGAUGCCUUGCAGUCACUUCUUCUGCUUCAUGACCAACAUGUGAAAGAACUCUUGGAAAGAUCUCUAGGCCUUCUAAACAAGAGUCAACAACUCACUGACUUCAUAGAGAAAUUCAAGUGUGAAGGAUCUAGUGUGAAUUCUGAGCUGAUUCAGGGAGCUCAGAGCAGCUGUCUGAAGAUUGAUAGCCUCCUUGAACUUCUACAAGACCGGAGACGGCAGCUGGACAAGUACUUGCAGCAACAGCGGCAGGAGUUGGCUCAGGUUCUACAGUUGUAUCUGUGGGACCAACAAGAAAACCAGGUUUCUUGUUGGUUUCAGGAAACAACACGAGAUCUGCAGGGACAGAGUCUGGGCUCAUCUCUUUCAGACAACCAGGAGCUGAUCCGUAAGCAUGAGGACCUGAUAGUCAAAGCAAAGGAAUGGAAUUCAGCCCUGGAGACGCUAAAGAGCCAGGCUCUGGGGAUCCUACGGUCCAAGGACUUGGCAGAAAAGGAACAGCUGCAGCUCUCUAACCAGAAAUUGAAUCGGCUUCAAGAAGAGUUUGGACUGCUCAUGGCAGAAAGGAAAACCUCAUUAACAAUGGCAAAUGACUUUUUUAACAGUGCCAACAAGGCAUUUGAUGUACUUGGAAAAGUUGAAGCUUACCUUAAGCUCCUUAAAUCAGAGGGUUUAAGCCUGCCUGCCUUGGCAGCAAGGCAUGAGGAAUUACACAGAGAAAUUAAAGACUCCACAGCCGACGCUCUGCAAAAGGGACGAACCUUAAUCAGCCAAGUAGAUUCCUGCCACUCUCAGGUGAUGGGAAUCCAUGAGAUGAUGGGAUGCAUUCAGAGACGAGCAGAUCACCUCAGCAAACAGUGUACAGCGCACAAGGAAUUUGCCCUGAAGAAACAGCAAUUAGCAGCAUCCGUGGAAGGCUACCUGAGGGAGGUGGAAAUGUCAAUUCGAGAAAUCACGUCAGUUCUUUCCAAUGCACUGGAUGUCGGUUCGAGCCCGUCUGAAUCAGAGAAGAUUUUGAACAAAUAUCUGGAAUUAGAUAUUCGAGCCAAGGAGACAUCACAUGCAUUAGAAGCAGCUGCAAAAAUUGUGACAGAGAAAAAUGAACUUGAACUCCACGAAGUGGCGUUGCUUUCUCUUAAAGUGAAAUGGCUAGAAGAAGAAUUAAACACGCUUGAUCGAAGCAUCAGCUACAGGUCACAAGUCCUGCAAGCUUACGUGGCAUUUCGAAAGUCAUCUGAGGAGGUAGAAGAGCAGCUUCAGAGCCUAAGGAAGUUUUAUCUGACUGAAAUACCCCAGAAGGAUGAAGAGGAGGCUGCAGCCAAGUGCCGUUCUAACUCCACUGAGAGGAGGUGGCAGCUGUUUUUAAAGAAGAGUUUUUUGACCCAAGACUUAGGGCUUGAGUUCCUUAACUUAAUAAACAUGGCAAAAGAGAAUGAGAUAUUAAAUGUUCAAAAUGAAAUGCACAUUACGGAGAGCAUUAUGGAACAGCAAGCAUCUGGAAGGGAAGAACUCAGCCAUCUCCGAAUGUCAUGGCACCUCAAAGCCAGCGAAGGCAAGCCUAUGACACAGCGGUGGGAAACCUUCAAAGAGAAACUUAGGAAGACCACUCACAGCGUAAAACUUGUCCACGAGGUUCUUACGCCCGUCUCCGCGCUUGACCUGGGCGGCAGCCUCCAGAGCAUGUCAGAUCUGCGGAGAAGGUGGAAUGCGAUGAAGCCUCAGCUCCAGCAACUGCAUGAGGAGGUUCAGCAUAUCAUGAAAGAAUGGGAUGUGUUAAGUGGUCAGGGAGCUCCUCUGAAGGAGAAGUCUGAACAAUUGAAGGACCUUAUCCAUCUCCAUCAGAGGCAGAGAGAGCGAAUCCAGGAUUAUGAGGAAGUCCUAAUCAAGACAGUCCGUUUCCACCAGGUCAAGGAAGAACUGAUGCGUUUCAUCAGCUCGAGAGAGCUGGAGCUUCCGGCACAGCCCACGGAGCUGGGAGGUACCCAGGAGCUUCCGGCACAGCCCACGGAGCUGGGAGGUGCCCAGGAGGUCCAGAGGCGACUGGGCCGUUCUCGAGAAAGACGGGCGCGCGUGGACCAUCUCCACCAGCUGGCACUUUCCCUGGGCGUGGACAUCAUCUCGUCUGUGCAGCAGCCGAAUUGCUCCAGUAUUUCCGCAAAGAAUCUGCAGCAGCAGCUGGAGGCCCUCGAAGUGGGUAGCAGGAGCUGGAGUGCCAAGGCCAAAGAAUGUGAGCAGGUCCUGUCCUCCCGCUUGCAGUAUUGGACCACUCAGGAUGAGAUCAAUGAGCUCAAAGAGUCAUUCAAAGAUAUAAAAAAGAAAUUCAACAACCUGAAGUUUAAUUACUUCAAGAAAAAUGAAAAAUCUCGAAACCUAAAGACUCUUCAGUAUCAAAUCCAACAAGUUGAUACAUAUGCUGAAAAAAUUCAGGCUUUAAGGAAGAAAAUGGAAAAGGUUAAUAAUAAAACAUCUGAUUCAUUCUUACACUAUUCAAGUGAUAGAGCUAGCAUCCUUUCAGAAGCCAUGGAGGAUCUGAAAAAGCAGGUGGAUGACUUUGACAAAGUUGUGACAGAUUACAAGAUGAAUUUAGACCUGACUGAACAUCUCCAGGAAGUAGUAGAAGAGUGUAACUUUUGGUAUGAGGAUGCAAGUGCCACAGUUGUAAGAGUUGGAAAGUAUUCCAUGGAGUGCCAAACAAAGGAGGCUGUGGAAAUCCUCCACAGGCAGUUCAAUAAAUUCAUCACUCCCUCUGUGCCUCAGCAAGAGGAAAGGAUUCAGGAGGUCAUCAGCAUCGCUCGACGCUUAUAUGGUUUGGACGAAGGGCAAAAAUAUGCUGAGAAGAUUGUCACAAGACACAAGGAGAUUCUUGAAUCUAUUACUGAAUUAUGUGGUUCUCUCAUGGAGCUUAAAGAAAAACUGACGCAGGGAGAUGCUCCAAAGAUGAAUCCAAAUUUGGAAGAUUUCCAUGACAAUUGCAUUGACCUACUAAAGGAGCCAGUGAGAAAAGUGCAGGCAAUAUUAAAUGAAGAAAGGAAUGAGGGGCAGGUGCCGGGAGCAGAUGUCUUGACCCUCAACGGAACAAGAGAAGAUGGGCUUCCCAUGGACUUGAGCCAGUCCUCAUCUGACAAAGAUGCCAGUGCCCAGGGUCUGAUCCUGGUGGAAGACACGUUGUCUGAGUGUGCAUCAUCUGACGACAUCUCCUUGCCUCCACUCCCAACGAGCCCCGAGUCCCCUCGGGCACCAUCAGACAUGGAGAUGGAAGAACUCGCCAGCUCUUCAGCUGUCACCCUCCACAUCAGCGAUUCUAGGACACACACAGGCACUGGUGGUCUCGGGGAGGCCCAGGCUUCUGUUCUUUCUCCACCCACGGCUUUUGCUCAUGGGUGCCAUAAUAAGAAAGACACGUUCACAAGUCACUUUGAGAGGCCCUACCCACAAUUCCAAGCUGAAUCCUCAUUAGCCUCCAGGGGAUCAGCAGAGAUGAGUACCGACUUACACAUCAGUGUGAAAUGUCCAGCGAGUGUGCCCCAACGGGUGCAUGACGCAGCUUUGCAGCAAGGCGCCCGGGCUCAGGAGAGCUCACUAGAAACCCAGGAGAAAGUGCAUGCAGAUUCUAACGCCACUAAAACCCAAGACAGGCUGCAUGUGGUCCCUGACCUCACCCCUCAAUCAGACACGAGCAGCAGCCAUCAGAGGCAAGUGGGUCCCCAAGGAGACAGGAAAGAUGCAUCUGCAGAAAACAGCGCGGUCAGCAUAGCUGGCCGGGCGCCUCAUUUCUCCAGGCUGCUGUCCAAUGUAACUGUUGUGGAAGGUUCUCCGGUGACUUUGGAAGUGGAAGUUACAGGAUUCCCAGAGCCUACACUGACAUGGUUCAAGAAGGGCCAGAAAUUGUGUGCCGAUGGACACUUACAGGUUUUCCACAAGGACACAAGGCAUUCAGUGUUCAUCCCGAAGGCAUGUGAGGCGGACGCUGGCCUCUAUGUGGCCCAAGCCCAAAACUCUAGUGGCGCCCUGUCUUCCAAAGCCAUCCUCCAUGUGACAGGUAACCAUGGGCCUCCAAUCACGAGAAUAAACUGGAUUCUGCUGUGUAUCAUCUAUGUCAGUGUAUCACUGAUAUACUGGCUGCUUGCAUAGCAGUGAGGCACUGGCUUCCCUGGACAUUGUUAUGAGCGAAAGGACAAUAUGGUUUUUUUCUCACGCAUCAUACAAAGCACACCCUACCAACUUAUCUCCACUUUGAUGAAUACCACUGCUAGGUGAAAUAAUUGCAUUUUCUCUACUGUUUAACAUACUUGGGAAACAUGGAAAAUUAUAUAUAGUGGAUAAUGAUAUACUUUGUACUUUAGGAAAAGAAAUAUUCUAUAUAAUAUGCUGAUUUCUUGUUUAAAGGCAUAUGAAUGCUCACAGAAAACACAAGGAUCCUAGAGAUGUGAUCUAAGUUUCAAAUACAAAUGUUUGGUAAUUUCCUUUCAACUAUGCUCAGAACCAUCUCUUGGUAGUACAUUACAUCAACUCGAAUUUCUGAUUUUCAUUUGCUUUUCAUGUCUUGAUCUUGUUUACUGAACAUGUUCUAUGUUGUGUCAGCAUGUUCUACAUUCCCGGGACUGAGGAUAUGACUAUCAAUAACAGUUUCUCAUGGUGAUCUCUUGGGGGUUGAUGCUGGAGAACAGACAUGCUAUCAACUUUACAAUGGGUCAACCUUUCUAUUAGCUCUGUAUGUCGUAUGUUGAGAUGGAACACGGGCUGCAAGAGGGGACCAGUUUUCUCUUUGUCCUUCUGCUGCUGUGCAUUGGCCAUCCUGUGCAUAACUGUAAAAGGUCCUACUGUCCCUGACUCUGAUGCUGCUGCUAAACACUCGUGUUAUAAACAAUUGCAAGACAUCUCAGUGCCUCACUUUCCCAUCUGGAAAAGGGGCUCAUCUACCUCUUGACUAUUGAGUUUUACUUCAUUUUCUGUGGUGAUCAGGCCAAUGAAACGUGCUUGGUGAAGACUCAUCAUAAUGCUUGGCGUGAUUUGCUAUCUUGCUGCUCAUUGCCCAUUAAUUCCCUUUCAGAUGCUGGUCUUUUAGAAUAUGAAAUGAAAAGAAUGCUGUUAAUAUGUAAUCCCCAACUACUUACUCCCUUAAGGGAGGAUGAGACUGAUGUUCUAUGAAUUAGAGUUUAAAAUUCUUUUCAAACUUCUUAAAACUACAUCCUUUUCAAAGACCUGACAAUAACCUCCAAAGGAUAUAGUUAUGAUGCGUUAGGGGGAGCCUGGGUAAGACAGAAGACAAAUCUAGCCUUCUUGUUGUACAAUUAUCACUUUAAUAUUGAAGAAUGUUAUGUGGCUUUCUAAAGUGCAUUAUUCAGAAAAAUAAGAGAGGUAUUUGUUUUCAUAUUUUAAACUCCAUCUGUCAUGCUAAAAUAAAAUCUUAGGUCGAAACAGUAAUUUAUUACAGAUUUUUGAUGAAGGGAAGAAAUUAAUUACGUUGCUAGAAGUCUGUCUACAAAUAAUCAAAAUAUUUAAAUAGAAUAUAUUUGACAUGGUAUUAAGAAUCUACUGAAUGUUGUAGAAGAUAAGAAAUGUCCAGUCAAGUAAAAACUUGGCCGAUUUUUUUCUUGUUUUUGCAUAUUCAAUUUAAUUAAAAAGAUGAAACUGUU